GUAUCCAUGAGUUCCCGAACGCGAAAAAAAAAAGCUGGACUACGCAGACGAUGGGUAAAGUUCGUCCUGCAAAGAGGGCUAAUUUUCUAGACACAGCCUCCGGCACGCUUUUCUGUGGUGCGCAUUUUCCACCUGAAAGCUUCUCGAACUAUGGACAAGUGAAAUCGGAUUUUGCUAAAAGAUUGCUGCUCAAAGGAGAUGCUGUGCCGACCAUACACGCGCAGCGACCUAAAUGUCCCGAGAUAUCAAGAAAAAGGAUGAUGACUAGCAAAGGAGGCUAAGGCUAAGGAAAGGAGGGGAGCAGCCAAGCUCGAAAUGGCCAGAAGUCGUUUGGAUCGUGCCCGAGAGGCAAAUAAAAAAGGCAACAGAUACUUUAAGGCGGCCAAGUACGAGAGCGCCAUCCAGUGUUACACAGAGGCCAUUGAACUCUGCCCCACUGUACAGAAGAGCUACCUGUCGGUGUUCUAUAACAACCGAGCGAAUGCGUAUAAGAAGCAGAUGAAAUGGACUGAGGUGUCGCAAGACAGCUCACAGGUACUAAUGCUCUACCCAGUGAACUUCACAGCUUUCAGCAAUAAGUGGCAAGCUCAUGGGAAACUGGACAAUAAGAAAGAAUGCCUGGAAGAUAGCAUCGCUCAGUCUAUCCCGGAGGACGAGCUGAACGAGGAGCGCAUGAAGUUCCCUAUGGGAAAUAAGAAACGAGGGUGGAUGAUGCCUUCUCCUCAGUACAUCAAAUCCUACUUUGGUUCUUUCACCGAUGACAUCAUCUCGCAGCCGCUGCAGAUGGGCAAGAAGAAAGAUGAAGACAAGGACAAUGAGGGCGAGGCCUCCGAGGUCACAGCUAGACUUCCUGACAUGGAAUGGAUACAAGACCCAUCGAGAUUACAACAUUGUCACCACCUGAGUUCGGGCUACCUGAAAGCCAAGCACUAUAUGGAUGAGGAGAACUACGAUAAAAUCAUCAGCGAAUGCACUAAGGAGGUGGACUCAGAGGGCCGCUACAUGGCUGAGGCGCUGCUCCUGCGCGCCACCUUUCACCUGUUGACUCGCGACAACGAGGCCGCUGAGGGCGACUUGAACCGCAUCAUCAAUAUGCAGGAAGCCAACGUCAAGCUGCGUGCCAACGCUCUCAUCAAGCGUGGGAUCCUGUACAGACAGGAUAUCCGACACUUGGCUGCCAAAAAGCACUUCAACAUCGCAGCAAAGAUCGACGCAUGCAAUCCCGAUGUGUACCAUCACAGCGGGCAGCUUAAAAUGGACCUGCGCCUGGUGGAUGAAGCUGUAGAAGACUUUGACAAAAGCAUCCUGCUCAGACCUGACUUUGCUCUCACCCAGGCGCAGAGGUCCUUCGCUCUGUACAAACAAGCAUACACCGAGCUCUGCCCAUCCAAGACACACGUUCAGAAAGCCAUGGAUGGAUUCGAGGACGUUAUCAAAAGGUUUCCCACUUGUGCAGAGGGCUACGCACUAUACGCUCAGGCUUUAACCAAGGAGGGACGCUUCAGAAAGGCAGACAAGAUGUACGACAAGUGUAUUGAAGUGGAACCAGACAACGCCAACUAUUAUGUUCACAAAGGAUUAUUACAGCUCCAGUGGAAACGAGGCAUGGACUCAAGAAGCUUGUGUGGGUUGGCCCUGGACCUAAUCAGAGAAGCCAUCAAAAUCGACAACAAAUGUGCCUUUGCUCGCGAAUCAUUGAGAUGUGUCAAACAUCCAUGGAGUAACAAAAUCAGAAUGUCCACCGAGGAUGAAACGGCGAAUGACGUGUGCACUUAUUACUUCCCGUUCAACCGUCACACAGAGCGCCACGAAGCGUACACCCACAGAGAGGUAUUCAGGAAAGUACCGCAUCAGACUGGCAGAUAGGGUGUCAUUUUAAGAAUGGAAACGUUUCAAGACAGCCACUUCGAUUUUGACUGGCAAAUUCCUCUGAUAUUCUUCAUCGAUAUAUAUGGUGAUCAAAGUAAAAUAGAACUUAAAUCUGAAUAAAGUUAUGAUUCCUGGAAAGAGAUGUGGUGCUUUUUCUUUACUGUAUCGGGGUUUUUUUUUCAGUGGAAUGUACUUGAUAUAAAAUGUUUUUUAAAUACUGUGUGAAACAACUAGUGUGAUGGUUGAAAUUACUAAAUAGUGUACUUUACCACUUCCAAUUUAGUUCAGUUAAAAAGCACCUGUGGCUAAAGAUUUAGUAAAUAGAUAAAAAAUAGCUAACUUUUUGUCGUAUUUAAAUAGGAAACAUGUUGGAAUUCAAGGCAACAAAGGACAUUUUGGUAUAUAUAAAACAAUUCCAAAUGUAUUUUGAUACUUCUAUGUUAUAAAUCUUUGGAUUGCAAUCGACUGGUGUUUAGUUCUCGCUGACCGAAUCAAACACCCGCUCAGAGGUUGCGCUAGACUUUUUCGUUGUCUGUCAUUUUGACUGACAGGGUCAUAAAAAUCCGGUCAUAAUCUAUUUUUACCAGUCACUUAAAUUUUUAAAAUGAUGAUAAUUACAUUGUGGUGACCCUUUGUUUGGCAUAAUUCACCUUCCGUACUUGUGUGUCUAUUUGGCCGAGCGCGUUACCGGCUACGACACAGUCACGUGAUAGAGACAUUUAAGAGCCGCGCGCGCUCCGGCGUGAAUAGAGAGUUCACAGAGAGCAGCAGAGCUACAGCGGUUGGACACAGCAAUUGGAGCUAACAAGACUCUUAACAUUGCAUACCGCUUCAACAGUAUUUAGUAGUGAUGGCCAAAUGAAGCAAUGAAGCUUUGCAGCCAAUUGGUUUGCACAUGUAGCAAAGCUUCAUUGUGCUUCAUUUACUCUAGGGCGCCAUCAAGUGGUCUACAAUGACACAGAUGAAAUUAAACUAGCUUCAAGUUUAUUCAAUUUCUCGCUGCGUAUCUUCCCUGUAAUCAUGUCGUACAUGUCAGCAUGUCUUGUUUGGUAAUAUCGCCUCACAUUGAACCCUUUAAAAACAGCGACUAUUUCUUUGCAAAUGAGGCGGACACAAUUGUUGCGUAUUUUAGUGAAGAAAUAGUCCAAUGUCCACCUAUCCUUGAAGCGUCGGCCGUCGCAGUCAACUUUUUGUUGUUGUUGUUGUUGUUGUUGAUUGUUGCCAUUUUAGAAAAUUAGAAGUCAAGGGUCACAUGGGGAAAUGUUGCUUAAAGGGCUGCUGCCUUUUAGUGGGUAAAUGAGGAGCAGCAUUUAAUGUGUAAGCUACUUCAUAUGCUGGUAGCAGUACUGCUGACCAAUUUAUUAAGUCUGGGUGCAUGCCAGACGUUAUUGAUCUUAUGACAGAGGCUGGGGGCCGGAUAAAAUUUGACCCCGGGCCACACUUUGGAUAUGUCUGCUUUACGAUGUCGCCUUUCUACUCUCAUUAGUCUGUUAAGAAAAAUGUAGACAUAUUGCGACAUCUCCCGUGUCCACGUGCGUUAUUUUUGGGCGCUUGAGUAGCACAUGAUGGACGGAUUGACAUAAUUUGUCAAACCAACACCCGACACGCUCUGACACGAAAAAAAAAACACUGGGAAAAAAUUGGCAUGUAUUUAGUUUCAUUGCAAAUCAGUAUUAUGGUGAUCAUACUAAAUAUUUUUUUUCUGUGCACCUAUGAGGUAAUUAUCGCUGCCAUGAAGCCUCCAUAUAGUGAGUUUUCUGCCCCCUUCACUGCCGUCACGCGACCGCAGCUCAGCUUUUGCUUGCCUCAUAGCUACCCGUGAUUUAAAUUACUGUAAAUUUGAUAGUAUGUCGUCAUAGGUCGUCCCGAGUCUGUUGAGAAAAGUAGUACACUAAACCAUGCUCGCUAGAUUUGCGUGGUGUUUUUGUCUGUUUGAGCAGCAUUUGAUAGACUCCACGUUGUGGACAUAUGAGGUAAACAUCGCUGCCAUGAAGCCUCCAUAUAGUGACAGUUCUCUGCCCCCUUCACUGCCGUCACGCGACCGCAGCUCAGUUUUUUUCUUGCCUCGUAGCUACCCGUGUUUUAAAUUACUGUAAAUUUGAUAGUGUGUCGUCAUGGGUAGUCCCGAGUCUGUUGAGAAAAGUAGUACACUAAACCAUGCUCGCUAGAUUUGUGUGGUGUUUUUGUCUGUUUGAGCAGCAUUUGAUAGGCUCCAUGUUAACAAAUAUAUGACAAAGUCAUGUCCUUUCAUUUUAUGAUUCGUUCACCGCAUAGUCAUUACUGGAAAGUCAAGUUAGCAGCAAGCUAGGUCAGGAACCGGAGGACCGAAUCACUGAACGGGAAGUGACAAAACUCAGUCUUUCCCCCCUGCCUGCACGCUGGCUGCUAAUUGGCCACACGUGGAAGUGAGUGACAGAUGCCCUGAUUCUGUUUCCGCUCGCUCCCCUGCCCGCGAUGAGGCUGGCGUCUGAUUGGUCGUGUGCGAUGUCAGACGACGCUGCCGCUUGCUCAACGCCCUCCCACGCAGCGAACAAGCACAAACUUUAUUGAACGAAUCAGUGCAGAUGGUGAUUAGUUCGGUCUCGUUCGCCCAAACAAUUCGUUCAAAAAGAACGAAUCGUUCGCGACCGAUACAACACUACAACAUAGCACGUAAAAUACAAAUUGUUCCUUUACACGCUUUUUUUUGAAAAGCGCAUCAGUUCUAUGGAAAGCUUGCGGCUGGUAAGUCAGCUCAGCGCAGAGAUAGAAGUCGGGAGACAAAAGCACAGAAAGGCAUUUUUAGUUAAAGGGUUCAUUCCGACUUACGCAGAAAUUCGGGUUCCGUCGCCAACGUAGGAACGGAACUCAUUCGUAAUGUAAGACUCCCUGUAUUUGAAACAUAAAUUUCCAACCCUGCCUACAUACUGUGCUUCGAAGUUAUACUCACAGUAAAGCCAUUAGACAAUACGGUGUAUCACAAAAGUGAGUACACCCCUCGCAUUUCUGCUGAUAUUUAAGAUAUCUUUUCAUGGGACAACACUGACAAAAUGACACUCUGACACAAUGAAAAGC